CGUCUGAAAUAUCCUUGCAGAAAGUUACCGGUACACCGAAAACAUGGCGUCGAUCGUACGUGCUGUCAAUGUUUGCAAAAGUUCAUUUUACAAUGUGAUACGAUGUUCACAUUCAUUUCCUGAAUCAUCAUUUCCAAAAAUAACCACACAUUACACAGUCAAGCCAAGAGAAAAUGAUGAAAGAUGGAAAGGUGUAGAGAUGGAGAGAUUUGCUGAUGAAGCUGAUGUGGUGAUAGUAGGUGGUGGACCUGCAGGUCUGUCAGCAGCUUGUAGACUUAAACAACUUGCUAAUGAUCAGGGAAAAGAACUGAGAGUUUGUCUUGUUGAAAAGGCAGCUGAAAUAGGUGGCCAUACAUUAUCAGGGGCAUGCAUAGAAACAAGAGCUCUUGAUGAACUUUUCCCUGACUGGAAAGAAAAAGAUCCGCCAGCAAUGACUCCUGUAAAAAAAGAUGUUUUCAAAUUUCUGACAAAGUCUGGAAGUAUCCCUAUACCAAUGGUGCCAGGUUCACCUAUGAUAAAUCAUGGGAACUACAUUGUCAGACUGGGAAACUUUGUUCGUUGGUUGGGACAACAGGCAGAGGCAUUAGGUGUAGAGAUAUACCCAGGAUAUGCUGCUAGUGAGAUCUUGUAUCAUGAAGAUGGCAGUGUUAAAGGUAUUGCUACAAAUGAUGUUGGAAUACAGAAAGAUGGUGCUCCAAAGGAAACAUUUGAAAGAGGGAUGGAAUUGCAUGCCAAAAUGACAAUAUUUGGAGAAGGUUGCCAUGGUCACCUUGCCAAGCAAUUGUUUAAAAAAUUCGAUCUUAGGAAGGAUUGUGAGCCUCAGACAUAUGGUAUUGGUUUAAAGGAGAUCUGGGAAGUUGAUCCAGCUAAACAUCAGCCUGGACUUGUCAUGCACACUGUUGGCUGGCCAUUUGAUCGAUUAACAUAUGGUGGUUCUUUUAUGUAUCAUUUAGAUGAAGGUCCAUUAGUUGCAAUUGGUGUUGUAGUUGGUUUAGAUUACACAAACCCUUACAUUAGUCCGUUCCAAGAAUUUCAAAGAUGGAAGACUCAUCCAGCUAUAAUUGAUACAUUUAAAGGAGGAAAUAGAAUUGGCUACGGUGCUAGAGCUCUGAAUGAAGGUGGUCUACAGUCUAUACCAGAGUUAACAUUCCCGGGGGGCUGUUUGAUUGGUUGUAGCUCAGGUUUCCUCAAUGUUCCUAAAAUCAAAGGUACACAUACGGCUAUGAAAAGUGGACUUUUAGCAGCAGAAUCUGUGUUUGAUACACUAUUAGAUGACAGCAGUGUUUCCAGUACAAUUAAUCCUGUUCCUCAAAUGUAUGAAGAGAACUUGAGGAAUAGUUGGGUAUUUGAGGAAUUGUACAAAGUAAGGAAUGUACGUCCAUCUUUUAACACCAUAUUGGGAUUAUAUGGUGGUCUAAUGUAUACAGGGUUUUUCUGUAUUCUGUGUCAAGGAAAAGAACCAUGGACACUCAGUCAUGAUGGUGCUGAUCAUACUCAUUUAAAACCAGCAUCAGAAUGUACACCUAUAGAAUAUCCAAAACCUGACGGUGAAAUAACGUUUGAUCUGCUCUCAUCCGUGGCAUUGACUGGAACAAACCACGAUCAUGAUCAACCUGCACAUCUUACAUUAAUGGAUGAUACAGUUCCAGUUAAAACUAACCUUGCUCUUUAUGAUGGACCGGAGGGAAGAUUCUGUCCUGCAGGAGUGUAUGAAUAUGUAGAAACAGAGGAUGGACUAGGAAAAAGAUUACAAAUUAAUGCCCAGAACUGUAUUCAUUGUAAAACAUGUGAUAUCAAGGACCCAACACAGAACAUUAACUGGGUGUGUCCGCAAGGCGGAGAGGGACCAGCAUAUAAUGGAAUGUGAGAAAAAAGAUCAUGUUACGGGUUGAAAUUUUAAUCUGAUGUGAUAUUCGGAACAAAAUUUUAAAACAUUUGUGAUAUGUAAAUUCAGAAAUAGAUGUUUUAGGUUUGUGAAUACUUUCCUUCUGGUGUGAUUGUAUUUUCAUCAAAAUCUGAAUGCUACAGUGUCAUUAAGUUAUAUUUGGCUAUUGUUGCAAAUAAGUGUGAUGUAGCAAAUUCUCACAUUUUGACAUUUUGUAGAAAGUGUUCACUUUAAAAUGGAUUUAUUUCAUAUAGAUUGAAAAAGUAUAAAAUUGAAAGCAUUUACAUGUAUAUGGCAUUCAUACGAAGGUGAUGGAAUACUUUGCUGAUGGUUUCUUUAUUACCAACAAUAUCAUGUUUACAAUAUGCAAAUUUGAUUGACAGCUGUAUGAGGAGGGAUUUGGAGUUUCAUGAAAGUAUUUUAGGAUAAAUAAUUCGAAACCAACACAAAGUUAUAUUUUUUUCGAAUAUAAUAAAAUAACAUCAGAUUUUGUUAUAUAAAUUUUAGUCGAAGAGAAAGUGUCAACCAAAGUAAAUGCAGAUCAAGUUAAUCUGUUUAAAAGUUUGAUAUUUAGUUAUUACAUUAAUGUAUAUGUUGUAAUAUUUCAUUUGUUGUUGAUAUUUAUACAUGUUUGAGUACACUCUGCUUAUAAUAUGGAUGUAAUUCACUACAGUGUUGGAGCAGUACCUCAAGAUAAAGUCGGCUUAUUCUCAGGGAGGAGAACUUGAUUUGCACUGAAAUGUAGUAGCCUUAUUUAAUCUAUGUCAAAGUCAUCAAUAUUUGCUACUUAUAAACCUCAUGUACACCAGAUUGUUAUAGUGAAAUGGAGUAAUUGUCAAAUGUAUAAUAGUUUUAUGAUUAUGAAGAAAAAGAUAGUGUGGUAUUCAUCUUGGUUGUAUGAAAUAAAAACAAGAGAUUGUAUGAGAAGUUAACAUUAUACACUAGCACAAAUGUUGUUAUAUAGGGUGUGACAUGACAGAAGAUUUGUUAACUUGUUUAACCUGUAAGCAGUAUAAUAUUAUUGCAUGUAUACAGAAGAUAGUUUUACUUUUUAUUUUUGCCGCAUUUACAUUACUAAUGUGAGAAUGGGUGAUCAGUAACAUGUAAGGUCUGUUUUACCAAGUACUACUUCUGUUGGCUGUUCAAGUCCUGAACUCUCAUGAUUAUAUCUCUUAAAUAAUUACUUUCAAAAGUUGGACAAAUCAGUCUGUAUAAGCCAGGUUUAUUCUGUAAAACAGGAAAAAACAAUGCCAUAAGGUUGAUCACCUCUAAAUUAGGUGUCUUCUGUGUAUUGUAGUUGAAUUUAAUUGUGGAUAAAUGGUAAGAAACAGCUGAAUUUUAUGUGAAUGUUGGGAAAUUUUAUUGUAUUGAAUGUUAAUGAUGUUUCUGUCUUAUUUUGUUAAAAUAAUUAUUAUUGUAUAUAUUUUUAGCCUGUAAAGAUGUUUUCUAGGAACUUUGUUCAGCUUUGUUCAUUAAGAGAGGAGAAUGAAAAAAAACCAACAAAACUUCAUGUCUGAUUGUGUCAUUAAAAUAUUUCAUAAAGGUUAUUAGUUUUGAACAAGUGUUAUAUGUAUGUCACGUUUGUUUGUGUAUGUUUGAAUGUUUUAGUUUGUACACUGAUAAAACCAUUACAGUUUGCUGAAUGGUUUGUAAAUAAUAAUAAAAGUUAAAUUUUUACACACUA